ACAGUAGAUGAUAAAUCUUUCUCCCCCACCCCUUCUACUCCAUCGUUUGUUUUUCCUCAGUGGGAAAAGGAGUGGAAACGAAAUAACAAGUGUUUUCGCGCAAACUCACGAGUUUGAGAAAACUAACCUUGUGCUUAUACACACAGACACACAGACACACAUAUAUAUUUAUAUUAUAGUUGUUGAGUAUAUAAACAUAUAUAAGUAUAUAUAGAUAUACAAAUAUAUGUUUAUAUUAACUUUUAUUUGUCUGAAUAAUUAGUUUUAUAGGUGCUUAUAAUUAUUAUGUCGUCCCAAAGCAAUUCCCUUUUCCAAACCCAAACUAUUUUCGACUCCCUCAGCUAUGGUCCCGCUCCAGAAGCCGACACCAUCGUCCAGGAAUGGUUAAAUAAACAUGAAAGAAAAUUUGGACAUUUCAUUGACGGAAAGUGGGAUAAACCAGAAGGACGAGAGACCGUUAACAGCACAAACCCUUCAACAGAUGAAAUUCUAGCCACAACCAUCCAGGGUGUACAAGAUGAUGUUGAAGCUGUUGUUAAGGCUGCAAAGAAAGCCUUUACUUCAUGGAGUACCCUGUCACCCCACACAAGGGCUCGUUAUCUCUACAGUAUUGCAAGAAACAUUCAGAAGCACCAGAAGUUGUUGGCGGUGCUGGAGAGCAUGGAUAAUGGUAAACCAAUCCGAGAGACUCGUGACUAUGAUAUUCCAACAGUUAUAAACCACGUCUACUAUCAUGCUGGAUGGGCUCAGCUGAUGGACACCGAAAUGAGGGGCUGGAAACCACUUGGUGUUGUCGUGGGCAUCGUUCCAUGGAAUUUUCCACUGAUGAUCCUCAUGUGGAAAGUAUGUCCUGCCUUGGCAAUGGGUAACACAGUCAUCUUAAAACCAGCAUCUUAUACCCGGCUCAGCUGCCUGCUACUGGCUGAGAUCUUUGCCCAGGCUGGGUUGCCUGCAGGGGUAUUUAAUGUUGUCACUGGCAAUGGAGCAUUUGGCAGCAGUUUAGCGGACCAUAUUGAUGUUAACAAAGUAGCUUUCACUGGAUCCACUGGCGUUGGUCGGAAACUGCGUCAAUUGACCGCUGGAAGUGGCAAAAAGUUGUCACUGGAAUUGGGAGGAAAAUCUCCAGUGAUAGUCUUUGAAAAUGCUGACCUUGAUAGUGCUGUGGAGGGUGUAGUUGAUGCCAUCUGGUUUAAUCAAGGACAGGUCUGCUGUGCCGGAUCAAAGCUUCUUGUGCAAGAACCCAUUUAUGAAGAAAUGAUCAGCAGACUUAAGAAGCGAUUGGAUUGUUUUCGCAUAGGAUCUGGCCAAGACAAAGCCAUAGAUAUGGGUGCCAUUGUGAACGAGAGUCAAAGAAAAUCUAUUGAUUCUUAUGUAGAAGAAGCAAGGAACGAAGGAGCCAAGGUGUAUCAACCAUUGUUGACGAUGCCAAACAAAAGAUGUUUCUAUCUACCCACCUUAAUUACAGAUGUCCAGACAGUCUCCAGAGUUGUUGAAGAAGAGAUCUUUGGUCCUGUGCUGGUAGCCAUGUCUUUCCGUACAGCAAAAGAAGCCAUCAAAUUGGCCAACAACACGAUAUAUGGUCUUGGAGCGAGUGUGUGGACAGAAACCUCAGCUCUUGGUUUAGAAGUGGCAUCAGCCAUCCAUGCCGGAGCCGUCUGGAUCAACUGCCACAACGUGUUUGAUGCAGCUGCUGGAUUUGGAGGGUUUAAACAGAGUGGUUAUGGACGCGAUGGUGGGAAAGAGGGUUUGUAUGAGUAUGUGCAACCAUCUUGGAUGAAUAAACCAAAACAUGAAAAAGUUGAAGUUGAUAUGAAGGCUUUUGGUUCUGCUGAAUUCUCUCACUCUUUGCCAGGCAACCAAAGUGUAAUUCCACCCAACACUGAUCUUACAACAGCACCAAGUGUUGACAGAACUUACAAAUUGUAUUACGGGGGAGGUCAGAAGCGUCCAGAUGGUCAGGCCUCUCGCACCAUCUUCAACAACUCUGGGAAAAUGGUUGGUGUGGUUCCAGAAAGCAACCGCAAGGAUGUCCGCAAUGCUGUGGAAGCUGCACAGAAAGCUGCCCCUGGCUGGGCCAACAAGACCUCACGUCUACGCUCACAGAUCAUGUAUUACAUUGCCGAGAACCUAGGCGUUCGUGGUGACGAGAAUGCUAAACUUUUACAUGAAAUGACUGGUCGGGAGAUGAAUGAUUGUCUCAAUGAAGUUCAGUUGUCCAUAGAACGGUUGUUUCACUGGGCAGCCUACUGUGACAAAUAUGGUGGUACUGUGCAGGAAACCACUCUCUAUGGUUUGACCGUUAAAAUCCACCAAGCCGUUGGUGUUGUGGGAAUUGCUUGCCCUGAUGAGAAUCCACUGCUUAGUUUUGUAUCCCUGUUUGCUCCUGCUUUUGCCCGGGGUAAUGUCACAGUCAUUGUCCCAAGUGAGAAACAUCCCCUGUCUGCUAUGAACAUGUACCAGAUAUUUGACACAUCAGACGUUCCUGCUGGAGUCAUUAAUUUGCUGUCUGGUAACAGAGACCAUAUUUCCAAAUACCUCACAGAGCACCACAAUGUUCAAGCCAUAUGGUAUUUUGGAACUGCUGAAGGAUCAGCAUUUGUUGAAUUCACUUCAGCAAUAAACUGCAAGAGAACCUUUGUAAAUUAUGGUCAGCCACGAGAUUGGACUGACUCUGAGCAAGGCCAAGGAGAAGAAUUUCUUUACCAUUCCAUUCAAUGCAAGAACAUUUGGCUACCAAUGGGUGACAUUUUUGCCAACUAAAGUCACAUCUUGUACAUGUUUCUUUCUUUAAUGUUUUGAUGCAGUUCCAUCAUGUCAGAAUAUUUCAGUCUUUUUUUGUGCCAAUAUUUGAUACCAAUUUGUCAUCUUUUAGAAUUGGUUUGAUCCCAAUUUGAUAUCCUGCCAAAUAAGCUGUGAGUUAGGUAUCUAGUCAAAUUGGUAAGAUAGCUGUUUGAUAUCUUGCCAAAUAGGUAAGAUAGCAGUUUGGUAUGUUGUCAAGUUGGUAAGAAAUCAGUUUGGUAUCUUAGCAAAUAUAAAUCCAUGUUGACAAAGUCAAUCAGAUGACAGAGCGAGUGUUUCUGUUAUUUUGAUGGAAAUUGUGCUGAAGACUAUUCAAAGUUUUGUUUAAAAAAAUCACUUUUUUUUCCUGUUUUCUAUUUGAGAGAAUAUAAGCCAUAUUUUAGAAUAUAAGGUGUAUUUUUGGAAUAUAUUUCGAAAAUAAAGUAUAUUUUUAAAAUC